AUGAGCCGGCGGUUCACAGUCACCGCGCUGCCCCGGCACGGACCCGCGUCCACCCGCGGAACCAGCACCGGCCCUCCCGGACACGGCGGCGGAGGCGAUGGCAACCCCAAGGAGAGCAGCCCCUUCAUCAACAGCACAGACCUGGAGAAGGGCAAAGAGUACGAUGGCAAGAACAUGGCCCUCUUUGAGGAGGAAAUGGACACGAGCCCCAUGGUCUCGUCCCUACUGAGUGGGCUGGCCAACUACACCAACCUGCCACAGGGCAGCCGGGAGCACGAGGAGGCUGAGAACAAUGAUGGAGGCAAGAAGAAGCCAGUGCAGGCCCCACGGAUGGGCACCUUCAUGGGCGUCUACUUGCCCUGCCUGCAGAACAUCUUUGGGGUCAUCCUCUUCCUGCGCCUCACCUGGGUGGUGGGGAUCGCUGGCAUCAUGGAGUCCUUCUGCAUGGUCUUCCUCUGCUGCUCUUGUACGAUGCUGACAGCCAUUUCCAUGAGUGCGAUUGCCACCAAUGGUGUGGUGCCAGCUGGUGGCUCCUACUACAUGAUCUCACGCUCACUGGGACCUGAGUUCGGGGGGGCUGUGGGGCUCUGCUUCUACCUGGGCACUACCUUUGCUGGUGCCAUGUACAUCCUGGGCACUAUCGAAAUCCUGCUGGCCUACAUCUUCCCGGCCAUGGCCAUCUUCAAAGCAGAGGAUGCCAGUGGGGAGGCAGCCGCAAUGCUCAACAACAUGCGUGUGUACGGCACCUGUGUGCUGACCUGCAUGGCCACCGUUGUCUUUGUUGGUGUCAAGUAUGUCAACAAGUUUGCCCUGGUCUUCCUGGGCUGUGUCAUUCUCUCCAUCCUCGCCAUCUAUGCUGGUGUCAUCAAGUCAGCCUUCGACCCGCCAAGCUUCCCGAUCUGCCUCCUAGGCAACAGGACUCUCUCGCGCCAUGGCUUUGACCUCUGUACCAAGGUGGUGGUGGAGGGGAAUGAGACGGUUGGCUCCAAGCUCUGGGAGCUAUUCUGCACCUCCCGCUUCCUCAACGCUACCUGUGAUGAGUACUUCACCAUGAACAAUGUGACCGAGAUUGAGGGCAUCCCUGGUGCUGCCAGCGGCCUUAUCCAAGAGAACCUCUGGAGCUCGUACCUGACCAAGGGGGUGAUUGUGGAGAAGCGGGGGCUGCCCUCUGUCAGCCCCCCGGACACUCCACUGGACAUGGACCAGCCCUAUGUCUUCAGUGAUAUGACCUCCUACUUCACCCUCCUCGUAGGCAUCUACUUCCCCUCAGUCACAGGCAUCAUGGCUGGCUCCAACCGCUCCGGAGACCUGCGGGACGCGCAGAAGUCCAUCCCCACUGGCACCAUCCUGGCCAUAGCCACCACCUCUGCUGUCUAUAUCAGCUCUGUUGUCCUCUUCGGGGCAUGCAUUGAGGGGGUUGUCCUGCGUGACAAGUUUGGUGAAGCUGUCAACGGGAACCUGGUGGUUGGCACCUUGGCAUGGCCGUCCCCGUGGGUUAUUGUCAUCGGUUCCUUCUUCUCCACCUGUGGGGCUGGGCUGCAGAGCCUCACUGGAGCCCCCCGCCUCCUGCAAGCCAUCUCCAGGGAUGGAAUUGUGCCCUUCCUCAGGGUCUUCGGUCAUGGCAAGGCUAACGGGGAGCCGACAUGGGCCCUGCUGCUCACCGCCUGCAUCUGUGAGAUCGGGAUCCUGAUUGCCUCCCUGGAUGAGGUGGCUCCCAUCCUCUCCAUGUUUUUCCUCAUGUGCUACAUGUUUGUCAACUUGGCAUGUGCAGUGCAGACACUGCUGCGGACACCCAACUGGCGGCCUCGCUUCCGCUACUACCACUGGACCCUGUCCUUCCUGGGCAUGAGCCUUUGCCUGGCACUGAUGUUCAUCUGCUCCUGGUACUACGCGCUGGUUGCCAUGCUGAUCGCUGGCCUCAUCUACAAAUACAUCGAGUACCGCGGGGCAGAGAAGGAAUGGGGCGAUGGGAUCCGGGGGCUGUCCCUGAGCGCAGCCCGCUACGCCCUGCUGCGGCUGGAGGAGGGUCCACCUCACACCAAAAACUGGAGGCCACAGCUGCUGGUCCUGGUCCGCGGGGAUCAUGAGCAGAACGUGGUGCACCCGCAACUCUUGUCCUUCACGUCUCAGCUGAAGGCUGGCAAGGGUCUCACCAUUGUGGCGUCCGUGCUGGAGGGGACCUUCCUGGACAACCACCCGCAGGCACAGAGGGCAGAGGAGUCCAUCCGGCGCCUGAUGGAAGCAGAAAAGGUGAAGGGCUUCUGCCAAGUGGUGAUUUCCUCCAACCUGCGGGAUGGCAUGUCCCACCUAAUACAGUCCAGCGGGCUGGGGGGACUGCAGCACAACACAGUGCUGGUGGGCUGGCCCCGCAGCUGGCGUCAGAAGGAGGACCACCAGACCUGGAGAAACUUCAUUGAGCUGGUGCGAGAGACCACGGCUGGGCACCUGGCCUUGCUGGUGGCCAAGAAUGUUGCAAUGUUCCCGGGCAACCAGGAGCGGUUCUCAGAGGGCCACAUUGAUGUCUGGUGGAUUGUCCAUGAUGGGGGGAUGCUGAUGCUUCUGCCGUUCCUCCUGCGGCACCACAAGGUCUGGCGCAAGUGCAAGAUGCGCAUCUUCACUGUCGCCCAGAUGGACGACAACAGCAUCCAGAUGAAAAAGGACUUGACCACCUUCCUGUACCAUCUGCGCAUCACUGCUGAGGUGGAGGUGGUGGAGAUGCAUGAGAGCGACAUCUCUGCCUACACCUAUGAGAAGACUCUGGUGAUGGAGCAGCGCUCCCAGAUCCUCAAGCAAAUGCACCUGACCAAGAACGAGCGGGAGCGGGAGAUCCAGAGCAUCACUGAUGAGUCCCGUGGCUCCAUCCGGCGGAAGAACCCAGCCAACGCUCGCCUACGCCUGGAUGUCCCUGAGGAGCCAGCCGGUGAUGCUGAGGAGAAGCCAGAGGAGGAGAUCCAGCUCAUCCACGACAAAAACACCACCACCUUCUCCAGCAGCUCACAGUCCCCCGGUGAUGAGGUGGAGACAGCUCCUGAGAAGGUGCAUCUCACCUGGACCAAGGAGAAGUCUGUGGCUGAGAAGAACAAGAGCAAGAGCCCUGUCAGCCCUGAAGGCAUCAAGGACUUCUUCAACAUGAAGCCGGAGUGGGAGAACCUGAACCAGUCCAAUGUGCGGAGGAUGCACACAGCUGUGAAGCUCAAUGAGGUGAUCGUGAAGAAGUCCCAGGACGCCAAGUUGGUUCUGCUGAAUAUGCCGGGGCCUCCCCGCAACCGGAAAGGGGAUGAGAACUACAUGGAGUUCCUGGAGGUGCUGACGGAGCACCUGGACCGAGUGCUGCUGGUGCGUGGUGGGGGCCGGGAGGUCAUCACUAUCUACUCCUGAAACACGGCGCACAAGAGAGCACCAGAUCUUCCGGGAGCAUCCAGCACCAGAGCAGCUGAUCCUCAUUGCAACAUCACAGCACUGCUGUCCUUGUUUAUAUAUAAAUACAUACACUGUACCGCAGACUGAGCACCAGAGCCCAGCGCUGCUGCCACCGCCCACCCCGGCCGGGCCAGCCCUGCCGCCAGCUCCUGCACCGCUGCUUGCAGCCCCGGCCGGGCAGGAGGGAGCUGGGCCAAGACAGGCACCAGGAUGCACCGUCCCACCACCUCUACUCCCAUCUUGGCUGUGCCCGCACCCUGUGCCCCGAUGAGGCACCAGGAGAGAAGAGGCCACCAGCACUCUUCCCCCGCCAGACAGAUGCUCCUCACCCCAUGGACUGCCCCCCACGGCGCUGCCCCCUGACUCCCCUCACCGGGAUGGGCCCCGACAGCCCCAGCUCGCUGGUACCUUGGUGCCGUCGGUCUCUGCAGGCCAAGGGCUGAGCUGGCAGAGACACAGCGUGAUGGUUUGGAGAGGGCAGAGGGUGGGGGUAGCUGCGGGGAGUUGGGUGCAACCCUGCAGCAGCAGGAUGCCAGGCUGGGGUGGGUGGGGGUUGCUCCCUGUCCCCCUCCCUGCUGACCACAGGCUCCCUCUGCCCUGGUGCUCUCCCGGUGCUUGCAUAGCUGUCGUGGUGGAGAGCUGCAGUGUCUGGAGCUGAGCAGACUCUCCACUCGGUGUGCAGCAUGAGGUGGAGCUGCUCUAUGGCCCUGGAGCCAUGGGCGUGCUGCUGACCACCCUGGCACCAGCACCCGCUCUUGCCCCAGGCGCAGAGGAGUCCGGUCCAUCCUGUCCCAGUCAGUCUCCCUCCCACCACACUGCACUAGGGGCACCAGGGGGCUCUCGGGCUGCCGGUACUGGCCAGCCAGGCACAUCCCAGAACUACACGUGGUGUCCUGGUCCCUCCCCCACCAUGCCCACUCUGCUCCCUGCUGCUACCCAAGGCUUCGCCAAUAACCCGGCCUCGGGCAGUCGCAGACGCUGCAGGGCUGUGGGAAGGUCUGGACCUGUGUGUAGUUUUAACAUAUGCAAGGUCUGUUUGCCUGGUCUGACAAGGCCGGACCACACAGCAAGGGGUGGCUGUGGGGGUCCCACCAUCAUCACAGAACUCCCUCACCCAGGGGACCCAGGCACUGUCCCCACUGUUCUUCUCCACUAGGCAGCCCCCAUGCUAGCAGCAGGGCCCACGGGGGCAGCUCAAACACUUCUUACCUUUGGCAGCAGCUGCAGCGUCACCGUCACCUCCCUGUUGUCCCCAUCUCCCCCUGCAUCUCUCAUCCCAGAGAAACUGAGGAGCUUUUAACAAAUGUGAAUGGUUCCAGGAACCACGCAGGAAGUGGUGCCGAGGGCAGCCAGGGCGCCCACCAGUGCCCGCCCCGGCCCCGUGUACAUAGUGUACAUAAUACAGUACGUGUAUUUUUAAAGUGAUCAUAUUUAUGUUAAUAGAACCAGAUGAAGUCUAUAUAUAGAGAUCUAUAUCUAUUCCGAGAGAUGCAGGGCUCUGCUAGCACCAGGCCAUGGGGACAGGGAGCCGAGACGGGCUGCUCCUGCCUCAAAUGGGCACCCAUCCAUGGCACCGAGUGCUCUGGAGCAGUGGUGGAGGCUGCAGCCUUCCCCAGCCACGGGCAGCCCCAGGGAAAGGGCCAGGUUGCAGGUUCAUUCUCUUUGCAAUUUAACUUCUUAAGAGUUUUCAGGGAAAAGAAGUCACAGACUUUUAUGAACUUGUUUCACAGCAGAUCUGAGCUUCCACUCGAAGUGCAGCCUGCCAAGAGUUGCCCUCUCCCAGCAGUGCUGCUGGCUCUGCACCAGCCUGGCCCCAAGCGGCCAUGCUUUGUCCCUAGCCAGAGCUGAGCCCCUGCACUAGAGCACUGGCCACCUUGGCCCCCCACAGACCCCUCCCCACAAUUCCCCACACCCCAGCAGCCCCCAGCCAGUGCUGCGGCAGUGGGUGGCCCAGCAGUGGCUACCUCCUGUCCCACAUGGCUGGUCCCAGCAUCCAGCCCCCUGCCUGUAGUCCCCGUUCCCUCUGCAGAGCUCCUCUGCUCCUCCAGGACCAGGCCAAAGCUAUUUAGGGCUGCUUGCAUAAAAAGCAGCGGGUUUUUUGAUGUUGGUUUGUUUGGGUUUUUUUGCUUUAAGAUAGUACUUGGACACACUCCCAGACCAAAACCAAGCCCCAGGUGCACACCUGUGCCUGCUCAUACCUUGCUCCUGCAUUUCCAUCACUCCCAAAGUGCCUCCCUUCUCUCCAGCAGCUGCCCCAGCCCCAGCCAGACUCUGCCAGGGUAGCUUGGCUAUCUGCACGGCUGCAUCGGUCUGUGUUGCAGGCUCUGGGGUAGAAGCGAGUCCCAAGGGCAUGGGGAGCUCAGCGUUUACAGGAAGUGACCGUCAGGGUGAGCCAGGACCUAGUUUCAGCGCAGGACCUCCAGGCUGAUGUGGUGCAGCCAUGCAAGGCAGCAGUCUCUGGUCCUGCUGCUGCCUCAGCUGCUCAGGAGCUGUUGAAAGAGCAGGCAGGCAUCUGCAAGGGAAAAGUUCUUUAGCAUUGGGAAGGGCAGCCCCACAGGAACCAGGAUUUGCCCAUGUAUAGCUGCUCUGCCCCUUGCAGUGGGUCCUCCAUCACCAUAAGCACAAGCUCACAUGCUGUUUCCAGCCUCCCAAAAUUAUGUGAGGCACUUCUGCAGCAAGGGGGGAGGCGUGCACAGCACCCUGCCCACUCACCUCAUGUGCUAGCACCAUGCUUGUUGGGUCUAGAAUGCUUGCCAGCUGCUCUGCCUUGUCAGAAGAUGCCACCUGCUUCCUGCGGUCACCCUCCAGCUGCAGUGUGGCUGUCACCCAGCCAUUCCACUGGGCCUGGUCCCAGUACAGGGGUCAGGGCUAUGGCAGUUGUCACCCUCAGCAGCAGCAGGACAAAGAGCUCUUCUGCAGCUGUGGGGCAUCCGGGAAUGCUGCUCCUUCUCCGUGGAGCACUGUUGAGGCAGCACCAGGACACACAUCUCUGUUGAGAGGUUUGCCUCACUGCCUCCCCAGCAUCCUCAUCAGGUUCUGUUCCCCCAGCACCGCUUCAACAUCCCCCCCCCCCAUGGCAAAACUGCAGUCCCAGCUCCCCCUAGGGAGCAGGAAGGCAAACUCUUCCCAUCCCCACCCCUGAAACCAGGCAUUUCCCUUCCUCAUCCUUCAGCAAGAGCAAGGGCACAGCUCCAGAGAGACAGGGCUGCCCCAACAUCCCUGCCACACAAAAUGUGGCUGUAGCAAGAAAGGUGCCAGUUUUGGCAGCAAGGUCUUGCUGAGCACUAGCUGGAGAGAGCCGGUUUUGGCAGACAGCACUGCAUGUUAGUUUACAAACCCAGCCCUGCACGUUCGGCCUCUGUGAGUGUUCAGUUUCCCCAUGGAGCACCCUCCUGCCGUUCCACCUUGGUGAAGACAGUGUCCUCCUCUGGUAGACAUGCAAGUUCCUCCUUGGCACAUGCGCAGACAGGUUUGGGUUUUUGUUCCAGAAAGGAAGGUCUUGACCCCUGAGUUUGUUUCCCUGGCAGGGAGGGUGCUGUGGGAGCAGCGCUGUGUGGGACAGUGGCACCCACAGCCAGGCAGCACCAGGUGGGCAGUGGUGGGUGCUGGUCCCUGCUGCAGGAGUCGCUGUGUCCCUGCCAGCUGGGUGGGCACAGAUCCCUGCAGCAGGAGCAGGUGGCUCACCUCACCCCAGACACAACCAGGUUCAGGUAACAGUGCUUGAAGGAGGCACAGGCAGCGUCCAGCCUGGGGCCGAGUUGAGCCACAGCUGGACAAGAGGAAGGACCAGAUACUGCACAAUGGUAAGAGUUGUACUAGAAGAGUCAAGACCCUCCUCUGUGUAGCAGGACUAAAAACUAGCAGAAGGACCAACAGGUCUAAGAUUUGCUGGUUACAACACUUUCUGUGCUACAUGUGCAAUAUAUUUGUUAUGAAUGUUAUCACAAAGUCAGUUCAUUCAAUAAUCUUUUAAUCACUGUAGCUAGAUGUUCUACGUCCAUUCAAGUGACUUUUAUUCGAGUGCAAUAUUUCAGUAGACAUGUAGUGAUUUAGUAAGCUUUGUGUUUUAGAGAAUUUGUGUGCAGAGCAAUGCAAUUAAGUUUAAAGCCUUGUAAAUAAAACAGGUUGGAAAAAAAUAGUAAGCUUGCAUUUAAUUUCUGUGAGUGUUUCAGUAUUGUGCAUUAGGCCGCCUCAGUACAGCCCCUGUGUUCUCUGUGCAGGUAUUAAUGGAGGAGUGGCUCCUCGGCUGUUGAAUGCUCCCUGUUAAUGCUUUACAGCUUUACCUGUAUUCAUUUUUCUAGACUCCUGUCUGCACAAAAUGCAAUAAAUGAUUUUAUUACACCCUUCAC